CACCCAGUUGAUUCGUUACGGAGCCAAGCGACACUCUAUAGGUCUUCCUCCCUCCUCCAACACGUUCCUAUUCCUUCCUUCUUCUUCGGCACACGCACUAUCGCUCUCUCUUCGUUUUAAUUGGUUGCGGACAUCCGUAGUCCACCGCUUAUGGAUUACUACCAUUUUACGGUGUGCUGAAAGCCUUUAACUCGGCUAUACAACCAAUCUUUUCGAUCCGGCUCUGCUUCGACCGGUGUUCUUCUUCGACUGAUCAAUACAUUUUAGUAUCACGGGCAUCGCCAGCCUCGCCACCGGCAGCUCGGCGUAGAGUCACGCAAAGCAUCGUAUAGCUACCUACAUAGUAGCCUAUAUAUAGCAAACCCAUCUUCCUCUAGAAGGGGAAUUUACUUCCGGUAGGAGCAACUGCCGCCAGCGCCCCACUUGGAUCUACCUACCUCCUGCAGCAUUAGUCGGCAACCUGAAUUUUUUCCCAUGGCGCAGAUCGUCGCUCUAGUCAUUUCAAGCUUGAUUGGUUGUGGGAUCCUAGUCGAUGCGAUGGAGUUAUCCGAUAUUCUGCCUGAUCGAUUCAAUUACGAUAAAAUGCGCCCACCUAGACUGGAAGGUCAGCCGGCCAAGGUGUUCAAUCACUUGACAGUCAUGGGUCUUGAUUCCAUUAACGAGAACUCAAUGACUUACAUGGCUGAUGUCUUUUACGUCCAGUCGUGGCGGGAUCACCGUCUCAGCCUUCCGGAAAAUAUGACGUCCGAAUACAGAUUAUUGGACGUUGAAUGGUUGAAGAGCAUUUGGCGCCCAGACUCGUAUUUCAAGAAUGCCAAACAAGUCACAUUCCAGACAAUGACCAUUCCGAACCACUAUCUAUGGCUCUACAAGGACAAAAAAAUCCUCUAUGUCGUCAAACUCACCUUGACUCUGUCGUGCUCCAUGAAUUUCGCCCUCUACCCACACGACUCUCAAGAGUGCAAGAUUCAGAUUGAAAGCUUAUCUCACACUACUGACGACCUGGUUUUCGAGUGGGAAGAAGACGUGCCUCUUGAUGUUUGGAAGAACAUUGAAUUGCCGCAGCUGCAGUUGGAAGGAAACUACACAAACGAUUGCACACAAGUUUAUGCUACAGGAAACUUUACUUGUCUGGAGGUGGUUUUCGUGCUGAAACGACGACUGGGUUACUACAUGUUCCACACCUACAUCCCGACUUGCUUGAUUGUUGUCAUGUCUUGGGUAUCGUUUUGGAUUAAACCUGAAGUAGCUCCUGCUCGAGUCACAUUGGGCGUCACGUCACUGUUGACUCUGUCAACGCAACAUGCAAAAUCUCAAGCAGCAUUACCACCCGUCUCCUAUCUCAAGGCGGUAGACGCUUUUAUGUCAACAUGCACAAUAUUCGUGUUCAUGGCGUUGAUGGAGUAUUGUCUGGUGAACAUCAUCUUGGGCGAUUCAGACACACCGAAGACUGCAAAUGAGCCUCCUAAGCCAGAAAAAGUUUUUGACCUGGCUGCAAAGGAAAACGCUCGCAUGUUGAUGGGGCAACCACCAAGGCCGCCAGGACCAACGCCAGCUCAGCGCGCGCGAAUAAGGGCUAUUCAAGUCGACCGAUUUUCUCGAUUCUUUUUCCCAUUUCUGUUUACUGUGCUAAAUGGGUCUUAUUGGGUCGUUUUCGCUUCCUAUCUUUAAAUUAUAUUCGUAAAAGAAAUGUCAUUGGAGCCGAGUAGCUUUAAUGCCGUAAGUAUAUAUAACCUUUAUUUGUUCAGGUUUAUAUUCGUUCACUAGUUGUAUUUUUCAUGAAGUUGAUUCUCCGAUAUAAUUAACCUACUGAAUUUUGUAACAUGUUGGUCCACUAUCCAAUUCAGCCUUUCAAAAUCUUCAGUUUUUUCCCAAUUUUUGAAGCUCCAAGAAGAAAAAAAAACGUUGUCGAUAUUACAUUAUUACCAACCGCAGGACAGUUUAUGUCGGAACUUAGUAAUAAGUCACGUAUUGUAUUUUACCGAAUCGUAAGACUAAUAUUAGACCUCCUGUUUGUCAUCUUCGCUUAACUCAUCGUAAAAAAAAUAAUUAAUAUGAAAUUUGCUUUAGUUUUUCUUUAAAUGAUUUCAGCUGAUUGGUUGGUUCACUUAUUAUCUACGAUUAUCUUCUAACUACUAUUGGUAUUGAUAUAGCAGAGGGGGAAGCAGACUCAUGUAACUGAAUGUCCUUUUUUGUGCUAAAAUAUCUUCUUCCAUUAUGUUCGACAGCCCAUCGAAAGAUCAAGCUGAUAUAGCUACGAAAUCUGAAUGAACCCUUUCUUACAAAUUUUUUCUUCACAAAUUUCACUUCAAAACGUUCUUCAUACACUCAAAGUAGGCCUAUCUAGUAGAUUUAACGUUUGUA